AUGGGAUCGAUCCUCAAUAAGCAAGAGGUUGCAUCGAGGAAGUUAUCUGAAAUGCAGCAAGAACAAAAGUCCUUACACUACACACAAGAGGUUCAGGAGAACGAAUAAGCUAGAAUAGUGAUUCAGACUUAUCGGGACACGAAAAUAAGUAGGAAGGUCCAUAACUUGGAUCCUGAGGUGAAAUUAACAUUUAGCAAGUAAUUCCCUAAGAAACAGGACAAUUCGAAUGCUCAAGGUUAAACUAGUUCAAUUCAAUAAAAGGAAACAUUUCAAUUAUCUCCGCGAUCACCUGAUCAAGAAAGUGAUUGUGAUUGGUAGGACAUUUACGGAGAUCGCCUGUUUCACAUUAAGUGA